UUUACCAGUAACAACUUCCUUUGGUGUUGAAUAAUCUGUCUGGUGAAUCACUUUUACCUGUUCCUCCCUUUAGAGAUCAACACCGAUCUGUCAUUAAGUGAACUAACUAAUAUAACCAUAUAACUUGGACGUUUUUUGUCCUACAGUAUUGUGCAUUGACACACUUAUUUGUGGUCAGGGAGGGAAUUCCUUAAAAUUGGGGAGGAUAUGGCCAUGUGGAGAGGAGAUUACUUCACUACUUCUGCUGGCGCACGAAGAAUGAGUCUGUCAGGGCCACGGAAUGGCAGAACCUACAUCAUGUACCAUGGCACCUCUUGGUGGGCUGCACAGAAAAUCAUGGCCAAAGGUUUUUGCCCGUCCAACCGUGGCAUGUUGGGGCAGGGUGUGUAUCUAAGCCGGGACCUGGAGAAGGCUAGUAGAUACCCCCUGGACCUCACUGAACACCAGGUUGUCAUCAAAGUUAAAGUCAAUGUGGGCAAGGUGAAAAAAAUUGACCUCCAAGGCCACCCUUUGCAGAAGACGUGGCAUGACGAAGGUUACGACUCAGCCUGGGUUCCUCCUAACUGUGGCAUGGUGAAGAGUGGUUUAGAAGAGAACUGUGUCUGGGACCCAAACCGCAUUACUGUUUUACACAUGAUCAAAUCAAAAACAGAACCCACCUUACAAAGUGAGGACACUGGGAAUGGCAGGGUCCACCAAAUGUACCACGGCACCUUUGAGAAAACUAUAUGUAAAAUCCUGACCAAAGGUUUUUGUCCGUCCAACCGUGGCAUGUUGGGGCAGGGUGUGUAUCUAAGCCGGGACCUGGAGAAGGCUAGUAGAUACUCCCUGGACCUCACUGAACACCAGAAGGUUGUCAUCAAAGUUAAAGUCAAUGUGGGCAAGGAGAAAAAAAUUGGCUGCAAAGGCCACCCUUUGCAGAAGACGUGGCAUGACGAAGGUUACGACUCAGCCUGGGUUCCUCCUAACUGUGGCAUGGUGAAGAGUGGUUUAGAAGAGAACUGUGUAUGGGACCCAAAACGCAUUACUGUUUUAGACACUUUCAAAUCAAAAACAGAACCCACCUUACAAAAUGUGGGUCUGUCAGGGCCACGGAAUGGCAGAACCUACAUCAUGUACCAUGGCACCUCUUGGUGGGCUGCACAGAAAAUCAUGGCCAAAGGUUUUUGCCCGUCCAACCGUGGCAUGUUGGGGCAGGGUGUGUAUCUAAGCCGGGACCUGGAGAAGGCUAGUAGAUACCCCCUGGACCUCACUGAACACCAGAAGGUUGUCAUCAAAGUUAAAGUCAAUGUGGGCAAGGUGAAAAAAAUUGACCUCCAAGGCCACCCUUUGCAGAAGACGUGGCAUGACGAAGGUUACGACUCAGCCUGGGUUCCUCCUAACUGUGGCAUGGUGAAGAGUGGUUUAGAAGAGAACUGUGUCUGGGACCCAAACCGCAUUACUGUUUAA